UAGAGCGCCAUUUUUGGCCAAAGCCAAACGCAGCGUCCAAACUUGGGUUAUCACGGUGUGCAUUUGCUUCUUUAGUAACGCAGUUAGUUAAUGUGAACUUAUAUUGGGCGUAAACAACGUGUUUUUGAUUCAAACAGAGCCUUCAUCAAGCACUCAGAUCAAUUUGAACUAAUUUAGGGCGGGAAAACUAAUAAAACACAGCAACUAACUGACAGCUUAAAUUUUAUUUAUUUUUUUUGCUAUUGGCACAAGUUCCAACACAAAAAGGAGUGAUCAUGGUCAUGCUGUCCUGUGACAAGAUGUGGAUUUAAUCAGACUCAAAACAGCUUUGAAACUCAUCCUGGACUGGUUCUUUAACAGCACCUGAGGGCGGGAGACAGCAGGUUAUGUGUCCAGGUCUUUCUCGCACACCUUCCUGACCCCAUCACUCCCACCCGAGAAGGUUAAUGCUGGCAGAAGUGAGGGCUAAUAAUGGAGACUAGUUCAUCAGGAGCCUCUGAGCCUCUGAGCCGGAAAGCCAGUGACCCACUUACCCAACUCACAGACCAGGUGCCACGUGAUGAUGGUAGAAUCAGCAACUGAGACCAUUCGAACCACACCCUCCAAUCAAAAUGGAGUCAGCAGUCUAAGCAGCCAAUCAGACGGCGGAGGAAGAGAGGGAGGGUCCAACGGUGACACCAAUGGGGAGAUCAGCCCAGUGGAUUUACUGCACCUUCAACAGCAGCAGGCCCUCCAGGCAGCACGCCAGUUCAUCCUCCAGCAGGCCACAGGACUCAAUUCCCCCAGCAGCAACGAGGUCAAACAGAGCCCUGUGCAGGUGCCGGUGUCCAUGGCGAUGAUGACCCCACAGAUGAUAACUCCUCAGCAGAUGCAGCAGAUCCUCUCUCCACCUCAGCUCCAAGCUUUACUCCAACAGCAACAAGCCCUUAUGCUGCAACAGCUGCAGGAGUACUACAAGAAGCAACAGGAGCAGUUGCACCUUCAGCUCCUUACCCAGCAACAGCAAGCAGGGAAGCAGGCCAAAGAGGUGAAAUGUAUCAUCAUGCAUACUUUGAACAAGGUGCACCAUUGGCCAGAAAAACAGCAGCAGCAGUUGGGGAAUAAACAGCUGGCUUUCCAGCAGCAGCUGAUCCAGAUGCAACAACUACAGCAGCAACACAUUCUGAAUCUACAAAGACAGGGCCUGGUGAACCUACAGCCAGGCCAAGGAACAGUACCCAUUCAGAGCCUGCAGCAAGCCAUGUGUCCCACUGACCUGCAGCAGUUGUGGAAGGACGUGGCCGGUGUUCAGAGCACAGAGGAGGCCAUGAAACAUGAGGGCCUCGAUCUGACCACCAACAGCUCCAACACUACCUCAUACUCGGCCUCCAAGGUCUCACCUCAGAUCCCCCAUCAUCCUUUGCCAAAUGGACAGAACUCUGUGCACACUCCAAAGAGAGACAGAGCAAGACUCUUUGAGUGGAUCUCGUCCUUCACCAAGGAGUCCAGUGAUGAGCAUCUCACGCCUUAUUCCAAAGGCGCUCCCCUGCAGAGCACCCACUCGACUCAUGAGGAACACACGGCCUCUCACCCGCUCUAUGGACACGGCGAAUGCAAGUGGCCUGGCUGCGAAGCGCUGUGCGAUGACAUGGGCCAGUUCAUCAAGCACCUGAACAGUGAACACGCCCUGGAUGAUCGCAGUACGGCCCAGUGCAGGGUCCAGAUGCAGGUCGUUCAACAGCUGGAGAUACAGCUGGCCAAAGAGAGUGAGCGUCUGCAGGCCAUGAUGACCCACCUGCACAUGCGUCCGUCAGAGCCAAAGCCUUUCAACCAACCUCUGAACCUGGCCUCUAGCAUGUCGCUGUCAAAAAGAGAAAGUGAGGGGUUUCCUGAGGGCUUGCCUCAUCCCCCCACCUCUGCCGCAACUCCCAUCACCCCCAUGAGGCAGGGACCCUCCGUCAUCAGCUCCUCCAGCCUGCACGGAGUCGGGCCCAUCCGUCGGCGCAACUCCGACAAGUUCUGCACCCCCAUCGCUUCAGAACUUGCACAGAAUUGUGAAUUCUACAAAAACGCUGAUGUCAGGCCUCCAUUCACUUACGCCUCCCUCAUACGACACGCCAUUCUGGAAGCCCCUGACCGACAGCUGACUCUAAACGAGAUCUAUAACUGGUUUACGCGAAUGUUUGCCUAUUUCAGGAGAAACACAGCAACAUGGAAGAAUGCUGUGCGCCAUAACCUGAGUCUGCACAAGUGCUUUGUGCGGGUUGAGAACGUCAAGGGUGCUGUUUGGACUGUGGACGAAGUGGAAUACCAAAAGAGGAGACCACCAAAGAUGACCGGGUAUGAAGAAUCAGACUGGUCACCUUUAAAAAGUCCCACUCUUGUGAAGAAUAUGAUUUCUGGGCUGGGAUUUGGCUCUCUGAACGCCAGCUAUCAGGCUGCACUUGCGGAGAGCAGUCUUGGUCUUCUGAACAACCCCACCCUGAUGAACAACAGCACAGGUGCGAGCCUCAACAUGCUGCACAUCGGCCACGAUGAUGUCAGCAGCACUGUUGAACAAGUCAACAGUAACGGCAGCUGCAGCCCUGGCCUUUCUCCACAGCAGUACGGACACCAAGUCCAUGUGAAGGAGGAGCCAGCUGAGAUGGAGGAGGACAGCAGACCCGUGUCCCUUAUGGCAUCUGUCACUCAAAACCUGAGCAUGCCCGGUGAUGAGCGUGACAUGGAGGAGGAGCUUCCCACAGAGGAGCUGGAGUAGGAGGAAGGCUUGAUGGAGGCGGAGCUCACUGGCCCUGUCCCUCCCUCCCUCAUAUUCAAGAUGUUCAAGAUCAAGUGAGAAACAAAGAUUAAAAAAAUCAACUACAACUUCAAAAACCAAAACAGGGUUAGACCUCAUCAGUUCACAAUGCAAAAACACAUCCCCCGCCCCCCCCCUUAAUUUUUGUGUCCUCCGUCAGUACCCUCAAAAAGGCCCUUUGAGCAGCUGUGCAUUGUGUCCUCCUGUAUUUUGAAACAUGGUCUGAUAGAAGUAUGGACCGCUGUAUCUAAAGCUACUGAGGAAAACCUGACGUCAGUAUACAAGCUUAGUUUUUUUUUUUUUUUUUCACAAGUCACUCAAGGUUUCUUUGCUUUAAGUAUUUUUUAGCUUUAAUUUUUAUGUUCUUUGGGCCUGAGAACACUGCUUUUCUAUGGGAUAAAUACACAGCAGUGAUUUACCUCAGAAAGAUGUUUGAAAAAAAGGAAAAAGAUGACAAACACAUCUUUAGAAUGACUUCUGAUUUCAACCGGAUUUUUGUACUCGUUCAAGGGGAUGCUGCAAGACUCCGUAACUUUGCGGUCACACAGAUAAGUUUGCCACUCACAACAAAGACUGAAAGAAAAUGAGCUGAAAGACUGGCAAUGGUGUCCUUGGCCACUUGACCAACCCUUUUUUUUUUUCUUUUUUUUUUGUCUCCCUUACAUGACUGGACUAGAGAAACGAGGGACGCGUUCUGUCUCGAGGCUGUGUUAGCCUCCGAUGAGACAGCGGAUGCUUGCGCUGUCCCUAUCUUUAUCUGAUGGUAUCUGCAAGAAUCUGCCCAAACGUGUUUUUCCCCCUCGCCCUUUGUCAGACUAAACGUAGAAAAUGUUGCUACCCCCAAAAAAGGCAUAUUUCAGGAAAAGGAACUUUUUCGCUGUUGUUCUCCUGUGGUGCUGUUAUGACAGCCAGACUGACACGAGGCUUGUGGAGGACCGGCUCAGAGACUUUAUUGACUGUAUCGUUGAUUAUAAUAUGUGUGCAGUAGCUUUCGUUUUCGUUUUACUUUCAUAGUCAUUUAUUUCUAAAGGAUCAACGGUUUUUCAUUGUGAUGUAAUUCAACUAUUAUGUCUUCUGUUAAUGAUUGUUUUGUUUUUUAAAUUCUCUCAUCAUUCCAAAAAGGGGUUACAUUUGGGAGAGAAGUUCCAAAAUCCUUUAUUCCAAACUCCACUCCAAAAAAAAAGUCCAAAAUUGAUCCUAGCAUUUAGUAUUGAGGAUAGCACUUAGCAUUAAGUGAAAACUUCUGAAACAGAACCACAGAUGAAAUAUAACGUGAAAUACCAACAAAACCACUCAAACAUUUCUGUAGCAGAGAGAAGCUGAAACUAAAGACACAGAGGUGGAAUACGCAUUGCAGGGCUCCCUGUAAGAUCCCGGAGAAAAAAAAAAAAACUUUACAGGCACUCAUAUCUCUCUUAUUUUUCAAAAAUUUGCUUCAUUUGUUCAUUUAUUUUGAAAUUUUAAAUCUUAUUUUCCCAGAUUUGCGCCAUUUACUUUGUUCGUUUCAGAAUUUUCUGUAGAAGCCAAUUGAUAUCAGCUGCGAUACAAAAUAUUGCUUUAAGGUAAAAGAUAACAAGGUCACGGAAUACCUCAGACCACAGUGUUUGCCCCCUCACGCUGUUAUUACACAGGGGAUUUGUACUGUGGCUAACCAACACGGUGACUCUCUCAUUAUCAGUUCAAAGUUCUAUAAUUACUAGAUAUAUAAAAGUUAUUUGCAAUCCACUGUGUGAGUAGAAAGUGUCUGAUUAGCAUGUGAGAUUUUGCUUUCGCUGAACUAUUAAAAAAAAAAAAAA